AUGAAGUCAUUAAUAAUUAUCGGCACUGUAUUGGCGACGACAUGCCUGUCCAGUGGUCACCAAACAAACCCUAUGUUUGAGCCGUUUGGCGAUCUCCUUCAGGGAAAGCUACUCAGCGCCGGUAGUAUUCGCUUAAAUUUUUCAUUGAUUUCACUGAAGGCCUCAUUGGAUGACAAACAGAAUCUGGAGAACAGUUUCCAAGAAUUUAAGACUAAUUUCAACAAAUCAUAUGAGACGGUAAGGGAGGACAAGGAAAGGGAGCAGAUAUUCAAGAAGAAUAUGCUGCAAGUGUUUGAACACAACGUGGACGCCCUAAACGGCAAGUCCUCAUACACUGAACACAUCAACAGAUUUGCAGACAUGACUGCGAAGGAAAUCAUCGGUCAGUUCACGGGGUUUCGGUUGCCAUCGGACUCUAAUGUCAACCAAUUGGCGGUCAAUACGACUAACAGACCGCAGCCUACGGUUAGACCGCGUAUUAGUUUUGUGAAGUCGAGUAAUACCAGUGCUGGCAGUGGUGUCAAAAUCGGAGGAAUUGAGUCUCAAAACAGUUGGAUAUAUGACUGGCGAUCGGUGGGAGUGAUCGGACCCGUCCAGAAUCAGGGAAGUUGCGGUUCGUGUACACUGUUUACGGCGGCGGCACUCGUCGAGAGCUAUUGGGCCCGAUAUGGACACGGAGUCAUUCCUCUGAGUCCACAGCAACUGCUCGACUGUUCCAGU